AUGCUGAAAAUUCUUCCCAAAAUCAGAAGACCUGUGAGAUGCUUGUCUGCAGCGGUCGCAGCUAGGAAUGAGGGUUUCGCGAAAGUUAUGCAAUCAGAUUUGCUGGCUUUCGAGAACUUUCUAGGGAAAGACGGAGUUCAAAAAGACGAUAUUUCAAAUCACAUCACCGAUUGGACCGGCCAAUUCAAAGGUCAUGGUAGUGUAGUUCUAUACCCCAAGAGUACUGAAGAAGUGUCAGCAAUAUUAGCAUACUGUUCAAGAAACAAGAUAGCAGUUGUACCACAAGGUGGCAACACAGGAUUAGUCGGUGGAUCGAUUCCAGUUCAUGAUGAAGUGGUUCUCUCAAUGAAUAAAAUCAACAGACAAUUCUCUUUUGAUGAUACCAUGGGAAUCCUAAAUUGUGAUGCUGGAUUCAUUCUGGAAGAGUUGGAUAACAAGUUAGCUAAACUUGGAUACAUGAUGCCGUUCGAUUUGGGUGCAAAAGGAUCGUGUCAAAUCGGAGGGAACGUUGCCACGUGUGCAGGAGGAAUUCGUCUAAUUCGAUACGGAAGCCUUCAUGCACAUCUUCUGGGACUUACAGUGGUAUUACCAGAUGAGCAGGGGAGCGUUCUUCAUUUGGGUUCUAGUAUCAGAAAAGACAAUACUUCAUUACACACACCACAUUUAUUUUUGGGAAGUGAAGGACAGCUGGGAGUUAUCGCUAGUGUUACAAUGACAGCAGUGCCAAAGCCAAGAAGUGUACAAAGUGCCAUGCUUGGAGUUGAAUCAUUCAAAAAGUGUUGUGAAGUGUUGAAACUAGCGAAGUCGAGUCUUUCUGAAGUUUUAUCUUCCUUUGAAUUCCUCGAUGCAGAUAUCAUGGAAUGUCUCAAAUCCAACUUGGACCUCCACCCAGUUCUCAGUAAAUCUACUCCCUUUUCGAUCCUAGUUGAAACAUCUGGAUCCAAUGAGGAUCAUGAUAUGGAGAAAAUGAGUGCGUUUUUGGAUGAAUGUCUUUCGAAGAAUUUAAUUUUGGAUGGAGUUCUGGCUGGAUCCUCGGCAGACGCUGCAAACAUGUGGAAAUUGAGAGAAAGUGCUCCGUUGGCUGUAACUAGAGAUGGAUAUGUAUAUAAACAUGAUGUUUCUCUUCCUUUGGAGAAUUAUUAUGAAUUGACGAAUGUUAUGAAGGCGAGAUGUGGAGAUCUGGCGAAACGAGUCGUCACUUAUGGUCAUCUUGGUGAUGGCAACACUCAUCUGAAUAUCACGGCUGGAAAACGUUGCGAAGAGUUAGAAGAGCUAAUGUAUCCCUUCCUCUAUGAAUGGGUUGUGGCACAUGGUGGCUCGAUUUCUGCAGAACACGGAAUCGGGCAACUCAAGCUACCGUAUUCCAAUCUCGGCAAAGGAUCUGAGGAACGUCUACUCACAAAGAAGCUCAAGAACAUUUUCGACCCAAACGGCAUUCUCAAUCCGUACAAAAUGAUAUAA